GCAGCUACAAAAAGGAUCAGCUUACCUUGCGGCAAGAUCAUUUCUCAAGUGACUACCGUGCAGUGCGGAGCAGCAGCAGCAGCAACAUCGCAACUUUAUUUACAAACAAUUCUUCCACCAAAAUACCAUAAUUAUACACAAUGGCCGUGCAGGGUCAGAGAUUUAUGACCAAGACUCAGCAUUACCGCAAAGUGACCAAACCCCUCCUGGAGCGGAAGAGACGCGCCCGAAUGAAUCUCUAUCUGGACGAGCUUAAGGACCUCAUCGUGGACACAAUGGAUGCGCAGGGCGAGCAGGUCAGCAAGCUGGAAAAGGCGGACAUCCUGGAGCUCACCGUCAACUAUUUAAAGGCGCAGCAGCAGCAGAGGGUGGCCAAUCCGCAAUCCCCGCCAGCCAACCAGGUUAAUUUGGAUAAAUUCCGCGCCGGAUACACCCAGGCUGCCUACGAGGUCUCACACAUAUUCUCUACUGUACCCGGCUUGGAUCUUAAGUUCGGCACCCACCUCAUGAAGCAGUUGGGUCACCAGCUCAAGGACAUGGAGCAGGAAGAAGAUUGCACCGAAAUGGUGGAGGAAGAACCAGUUAAUCUAUCAGAUCAAAAACGCUCCAAGUCCCCCAAAGAAGAGGACAUGCCUAAUGGCGAAGAUGUCUGGCGUCCCUGGUGAAGAGCAUCCUAAAAAUAUGCAACCAAUUAAAAUUGAUAGCUUUACUACUCUGUGUCAUUGCGAAACGAUCCAAGUUUUCCAAGGUCUAGUGUAAACAUUUGCCUCAGAAUCGUAUUUAGUUGGUAGUUCAAUUGAUAUGAUGUGAUGUUCCUGUGAUAGUUUUUAAGUUCGUAUUUUGUAUUUGAUCUCCCAUAGGCCUAAUGAUUCAUGUAUUUAAUUGAUUAUAAUUUAUUUUAUCAACUUAUCAAAGAGCUUCCCUACUUAUCUUCCACUUAGUUUUAUAAGGAAAUAUAAUUUUAUAUGCUGUAAAUUCGCAUUUUUGCUUUACAACCGUUAGUCUAAGCCAUGAAAGCAUAACCAAUAAAAAUAAUAUAAACUGAA